UAAGUAGCGUUCGUCUAACCUUGCAGGUUUCAGAUCUGCUGGCUGCGUCUUGACAGCAAUUGAAAAUCGCUGCGAAUGAAAUGAAUGGAUGAACAGAGGCGUCUGAAAUUUCCAAAUCGCUCGUCCGGCAUUAAAAAACGCAAUCCGCUGGCCAUAGUGUCUUGUAUAGGAGAGCAGCAAAACCUCCCCUUCCCUGCAAACGAUUUAUUCUUACUGAGAGGAGUCACAGGAGCUCUUUUUAGAACGCAAGUCCAAAAACCACCGGGUUGCUAAAAAGGCCAGCGGCGUAGCUCUGUAACAAACAGAGCCUGUGUGCUCUGAAGCGCCCGCGGGUCGGCCUUGGCCUUGUGCGUCAAAUCAAAUAGAGCGGCGUUCUUGCGCUGGGGAAAGCCAUCCUUCAAUUGGUAGCGCCAGUCCUGCGCCGCACAACUGCGUAAUUCAUCCACCAGCGCCUACGUCGCGCACACAUCGCGAUACACCGGCGCCAACAACACGCUGCGUCGAGCCGAACGAGAGCAGCGCGGCAGCAGGAUGCGCACCCAGCUAUACGUCGUCGCAGCGGUCGCCAGCACCCAUGCCCUGCGCGCCCCGCAAGCGCGCCGUCGGACGGCGCUGCGCGCCGCGACGCUGCCCCUGGAGGACCCGAACGGCAUCGCGGACGCGCGUUACCGCAAGGGCGUGAAGCAGGUGUCGACGCUCGGGCCGGCGUCGGCGACGCGGGACAUGAUUGAAAAGUUAUUCGUGGCGGGCACGGAUGUCUUUAGAUUGAACCUGAGCCACGGCGCCGCGGACAAGCUCGAGGCCGCGCGGCACAUAAGGGAGGUCGAGGCCAAGUUCGGCCACCCCGUCGGCAUCCUGGCGGACCUCCAGGGGCCGAAGCACCGCGUGGGCAUGUUUUCUGACGAGCUCCCAAAAGUCUUCCUCGAGAAGGGCCAGAGCUACCGGUUCGACCUGGAAGACGCGCCGGGGACGCAGUCGAGAGUACAAUUACCGCACCCCGAGGUCCUCGCGGCCUUGAAAAAGGGCGACGCCAUUUUGUUAGAUGACGGGAAGCUGCGGGUCGAGGUUACAAGUACGGGAAACGGUUUUGUGGAUACGGUGGUCACGAACGACGCGGCGCUGUCCUCAAGGAAAGGCUUCAACCUGCCGGACACGGUCGUGCCCACGUCGGCGAUGACGCCGAAGGACAUUGAGGAUCUGGAAUUCCUCAUGGAGGGCUUCGAGGGCGUCACCGUCGACUGGAUCGCUCUGUCUUUCGUGCAGCGGCCCGAGGACAUGCUCGAGCUCAAGAAGCGGAUCAAUGGACGGAGCAGCGCCAAGGUCCUCGCGAAGCUGGAAAAGCCCCAGGCCGUCGAGCCGGAGAUGUUACGAGCGAUCACGGACGUGUGCGACGGGAUCAUGGUCGCGCGCGGCGACCUGGGCGUGGAGAUGCCGCCGGAAGACGUGCCCAUCGUCCAGAAGGAGAUCAUCGAGGAGUGUCGGAGGCAGGGCAAGCCCGUGAUCGUGGCGACGCAGAUGCUUGAGAGCAUGAUCGACUCGCCGGCGCCGACGCGGGCCGAGUGCUCGGACGUGGCGACGGCCAUUUUCGACGGCUGCGACGCCAUCAUGCUGUCGGGCGAGAGCGCCGCGGGCAAGUACCCCGAGGAGUCCGUGCGCAUGCAGCAGCGGCUCGUGAGAAGGGUGGAAGCAUCAACAAGGCACCAGGAGCUCGUGCGAAUGGGUAACAUCGGAGGCUACGAGCCGCCGCACGGCGAGACGGACACGGACGCCGUGGUGGAGGCCGCGGCGAACCUCGCGCGGUCCCUCGACGCCAAGUGUCUGCUGGUCUUCACGCGGACGGGCUCGUCGGCGCGGCGGCUCGCUCGCUUAAAGCCGGGCCUGCCCAUCCUCGCCGUGACGCCUUCCGUCGACGUCGCGCGGUCGCUGGCGCUCUCGGCGUACGUGUAUCCGGCGGUGCUCGACCCGGCGGCCGUCGACGCCGAGCGCGCGAACCUGUUCUUCAAGAUGCUCGAGGCGGGGCUCGACGUGGCGCGGCGGAAGCACCUCGUGCGCGACCCGACGGACCGCAUCGUCUGCACGGCGGGCCUGCCCUUCAACGUCGAGGGCUGCGCGAACGCGAUCCGGGUGGUCGAGGCGGCCGGCCUGGACUGCUGGGGCGGGCAGUGCAUCUGGGAGGGCUAGGCGGCGGGGGCCGGUUAACAUCGUUCCGUCGUUA